AUGGAUAUAUGGGAGGGGCGCCAUUCUCUAUAUUUAGCCAAUGAGAAUGUGGUCAGUGCCGCUUUAGCCUGCAUCUCCACACUAACGUUGCGUGUCAAAGAUAAUAGUAAAACAUUUUUUGACACUGGUAUAGCAGAGACUAUUGUUGAAGCUGUAAGACGUCAUCCCAAAAAUAAAAUUGUACAGCGUAACGGUGCUUGGGCUAUACGUAAUAUGGUCUCAAGGUCUAGAGAACAAUGCGACACUUGGCUAUCGUUUGGUGUUGAAGAUGUACUCAACGCUGCCAUGAUCGAACAUCCAUCUGUUGUUACCGAUAUUAAGGCAGCAUUACGUGAUCUUGGUUGCAAAGUUGAACUAAAAGAAGAAUGGACUGGUACUGCCGAAAAGAAAAUUCUCAAAUGAAAUUGAGGG